AUGUGCAAUCUUAAAUGCUAUUGUUUCAGAGCCCUUUUGCUAUUGAUGCUGUGUAGGUCAAUGCAAAAUCCUGAAGCUGAAGGAAAAGAUGAAAUUCUGCCUCCGACUAUACAAAAAAUAAUGAAAGGGUACAACAAGUAUCUGCGUCCAUUUUUUGAUAAUGGUCCUGUGUCAAUUGGAAUGAGUCUGGAUGUUGCAAGCAUUGAUACAAUAUCAGAAAUGAAUAUGGACUACACAGCUACCAUAUUUCUAAGGCAGCGUUGGAUUGAUGAGAGACUUUGUUUUGAUGGCAAUAAGAGUUUAAGCUUAGAUGGUCGGCUUGUGGAAAUGCUUUGGGUACCUGAUACCUUCAUAGUUGAUUCAAAAAAAUCUUUUCUUCAUGAUAUCACUGUUGAGAAUCGUCUUAUAAGAAUAUAUCCUAAUGGAACAGUCUUGUAUGCUCUGCGGAUCACCACAACAGUUGCAUGCAGCAUGGAUCUCACCAAAUACCCAAUGGAUAAGCAGACGUGUACUUUGCAACUUGAGAGCUGGGGUUACAACAUCAAUGAUGUAAUUUUUUACUGGACUAGAGGAAAUGAUUCUGUUCGAGGUUUGGACACACUCCGACUGGCACAGUAUACGGUAGAAGACCACUUUACCUCUGUGUCUGAAGCAGUCUAUGAGACAGGACAUUAUCCAAAACUAGUGUUUCACUUUGAACUCAAGAGAAACAUCUUGUAUUUCAUACUAGAGACAUAUGUACCAUCGAUCCUACUGGUUGUGCUCUCGUGGGUAUCAUUUUGGAUAAGCCAGUCAUCAGUUCCAGCCAGAAUCUGCAUAGGUGUUACCACAGUCCUUACUAUGACAACGCUGAUGAUGGGAGCCAGGACUUCACUCCCAAAUGCUAAUUGCUCUAUUAAGGCAAUUGAUGUAUACCUUGGUAUCUGCUUCAGUUUCAUCUUUGGAGCACUGUUAGAGUAUGCUGUGGCUCAUUUCUGCACUUUGCAUCAGCUCAGUCCAAAGGAACUUCCAAAGCAGGAUGAGGAUGAAGAGACUGAAGAAGAAAGUAAUGGAGUCCUGGCAGCAGUUGCUAAUAGUUGCAGUGCUUCUGACAAUACAACCAAGAUCGAUUCAAACAAGAACAGCAAAACCACCAUCAAUGGAAAAAGGGAGAGAAGUAAACACAGUGGAUGUGGCUCACCAAUGUCAGUAAUGAAAAGACUGUUCUGUAACUUCAAUUGCUUCCACGUUAAAAAUCCUUACCACAUAGACAACUAUGCCAGAUUUUCUUUCCCAUUAUCAUUCAUCAUAAUUAAUGUACUUUAUUGGGUAUAUUAUUUGUAUUUCUAAAUAUUUUCAUGUGUAAAAUUGG